UCUUGCAUCGUCUAUUACAUCUCACCUCUUCAAUAAUUCUCGCUAUAAUUCGUUCCAUCCAAGUACAAAGAUUACCUUUUGUUCAGUAAACACCAGCGACUGAACCAAUUAUACGACCAACAUGAACGAAAUAUUUCCGGCUGAUCUCGCAGUUUACCUCUUUCUAACUCCCUUUGUGCUCUAUGUUUAUUGGUCCCAUCGAUGGAUUGGUUGGCUAGCUUGGACCAACCUGGUCGUUUUCUGUAUUGUGCGAAUAGUCGGGGGUGCUUUGGGAGUGAACGACAGCAGUAGCAUCGCAGCAAACGUCAUAUCUGGGAUAGGACUGUCCCCACUCUUGUUGGCCAUCGAUGGACUUCUACAUGAAGCUCGGUAUUACCGUCACCCAGAACACAAUGUGCUCGUCGGUCGGAUGGUGAUCAUUGCGAUCACUGGUCUUAUGGGCGCUGGUCUCGGUCUUAGCAUUGGAGGAUCAUUGCAGGUCUACCAGGGUAAAAGGACGGCUACGGACCUUUCGCACUGGAAGGUGGGAACGGGCUUAGUUGUCGCUGUCUGGGCGAUGGAAGUGGUGUGGGCACUCUUCUCCCUCCUUCCUUCUCAGUGCAAGAAGGAUGCUCCAGGCUAUAAGGACGGUACCAAGCUUCUCUACGGUGCUCUCGCUGCUAUCGUAUUCGCCGGUGUUCGCGUCAUCUGCAAUCUGGUCGCCGUUUGUACACAGAGACAAGACCUGAGUCCCGUAUUUGGAUCCGUCGCAGUACGCAUCGUCCUCGUCUUUCUCCCGGAAGUGCUUGCUGCGCUGUCAAUGAUUUUCGCGGGACUCUGGACCAGGAGUAUUCGAAAAUACACGCAGGUGGCGGACAAGGGGGAGUCGAUGUCUGCGUAAGGACUGAGAUAGGAUAUACAUUGGUGCAAUCUAUGCAGAGGUCCUUAUGGAAUUAGCGCACGAGACUUCUUGAUACCCAUUUCGACUUGUAUUAUUUUAUUCAUUUACCUACCUUGAG